AUGGGGAACACAACUCAUACAGGACAUAUUUAGAAUAAUAAAAUAACUUUCUUAAGGGAUAAGUAUAUGAAAUCUUUUGGAAAUGUAAAAAUUUAUGAAGUUAAGCAUUUUAACAAAUAAGUGGUAGGUAUUCCUUGUUUACUACCUGUCUCUGAUCCUUAAAAGCGCAUAGAUUUAAGACAUCCUAAUUUAUUAAAUGCACUGGCUUUUGAGCAUUAAUUUAUGGAAGUAUUUGGACUAAGUAGCAAUAAUUUAAUUUACUUUUUUGAGCAUGUUGAAAUUUAAUUGGCUCAAGUUCUUCAUUAAAGAAUUUCUCUAAAUUCGAGGUUUCCUGAAGGAGAUAUAAUCAGGAUUGCUACAGAAGUUCUUAAUUGUUUAGUGUAUUUACAGAAAUAUGAUAUUGUUAUGGGUAAUAUAGAACCGUGUACAAUAUUCCAUGAUACAAAUGAAAACUGUAUUAAAAUGUAUGACGCAACUUUAAUCUUAGGUGAACAUCCAGUUUAUAAAAUGGCAAAAAGCUAAUUUUAAGGAAGAAAACCUUAUUAUACACCUGAAGUAAUUUAUGCUCUGACUUUCCAUUAAGAAGAAGUACUGUCUAAGUAUAAAUUCUAAAGUGAUAUUUUUUAACUUGGCUUAACUCUGUUAGAACUUUGCUCUUUUUAAGAUUCUACAUAAUUAUUUGAUACUGACAAGAAAAAAAUCAAUACACAGGAAAUGGAUUUAAGAUUAUAAAAUAUAUGUCCAACAUAUUCCCAUAAGUUGUAAUAAGUUAUAAAAUCUAUGCUUAAUUUGGAUCCAAGAAAGAGACCAUCAGCGCAGGAUUUAUUAAUCUAAAUGCACUCUUCAACAAUCUAACCAGCAGUGACACCUACACCAUUUUAAUCUAAUUCAUAAACUUAGCCUAGCAUGAAAAGAGCACAGACUCCUAACUCUUCUACUCACUACCUCAAUUAACAAGUACCAAAUUCGCCUAAUAUAAUUUAACACAGUAAUAACUACCAUACAAGAUCUGUAAGUCCUGUAAGUCCUAUUAUAAAAUAAAGAAGUGCUCGAUUUGAAUAAUUUACUUAAAGAAAUCCAUCUCAAAUAGUUUUUCCAUAGCAAUAAGAAAAUGGCAUAUAAAAUUACUCCUCUAAUAUUUAAUUAGAUAAUAAUAGCUCGCAUAAUAAUAGCUUUAUAACAUAUACAAAUAGCAACAAUUAAAGUUUUUACAAUAAUAAAAAUAACAAUCUUUCAAAUGUAAGUUUCUAAUAAUUUUAAUAGAUAACUCAUAAUUAAAAUGCUAGUUAAGGUUAAAUUUAUCAUAAUUAAAUAAUUCAAUAAUAAAUUCCAACACAAAAAGUUCGGUUUGAUGAGAGAUCUAUAAGUCCUAGCUAGUAGUUCUAACAUUAUUAUAAACCAAAUUAUAAAAAUGCAAAUUCAUUUGUAACUCAAUCUAGAAGUUAAAAUGUCUCACCUGCUAGAAGUACAAGCAAUAACUCUUCGUUUGUUGUACAUAACAACCAGGUUCCAAGCUCAAAAUCUAAUCUAAGCUUUGCAUCUCUACUCUAGAAUAAAUAAGAGAUUUUCAAUACCCAUAAAAUGAUAAAUCAAAAAAGCAAAGAAUAAUUAUUUGAAUCAAAACAAUCAGAAUGUAAAGAAGUUAACAGUUAGUAAUCUCGUAUUACUUUAGCUGAUAAAACAAAUUAAUUUAACUAAAGAAGUAAUGUUAUAUCUAAAGCCUCUCCCUUCUAAAAGCAAAAUAGCAAUAACAAUAUUUCUAUUGCUAAUAAUGAAACUUCUGUUUCUAAUAAUUCUAGCUUUGUUUAACAAAUUUAGAAUCCCUCUUAUUAUUUCUUUCAAAAUUCUUCGAAUCAGCCAAAUUAUGAAAUUAAUUCUGACUUAAAUAACAAGAGCAGAUCUAAUAAUUUAUCAUAAAAUAACAACAUCAUCAAUAACUACUCUAGUAAGAACAUAAAUAUAAUUAAUCAAAAUGACUCUUAGUUUUUAAACGAAAAUAGUUUUAUUUUAGAUUAGAAACAAUACCAAUUACAACAUAAUAACAAUCACUAUAAAUAAGCAAUUAAGCCAUCACCUAUGCUCUCUAGAAUAAUCAAUCCAGUGAAUCAAAAAAUAACUAAUCCUAUCCCUAAAAUAACAGUAAUAACUUCUACUCAUUAAAGGUCUCUUUCUCCGAUAGUAGGAAGAAUAACUAAACCCCCAACGAUACUACCUCCAUAAAUCUAAAUAACUCCAGUAAUUCCAUCAGUUAUGACCAACUACAACUCACCCAUUCAUUAAUUAAAUAAAAUUAAUAUAUAACCUCACAUUUAGUCUCCUUAAGCAAAUGAUUUAAUAAAUCAAUAACACCUAACAUAAAAUAAUACAUAUACUCCAGUUUCUUAAUUUGAAAGUGAAUCUUAGAAUAAAGAAAAACUUAUUAAAUUAAUAGAUGCAUAAUAAAUAGUAAUAAAUGAAGAAUCAGAUAAGCAGUCUAUUGCUAGUUUCAGUCAUCCCUAAUAGUUUAUAUAAAAGCCCAUAAAUUAAGUUCAAUAAGAAUGUGAUAAGAAUGACUAAUACAUAGAAAGAUAUACUUUCAAUGAGUUAGGCUCUACUCCAACUAAUUCCGAUUAGCAAUAAAUCUAUAAUUAAAAUGGAAACUCUGAAGAAUUUAUUUAAACAGGAGGAGAUUUAUAAAAUAAUAAAUAUAAAAAGCUCACAGAAAUGAAUUUGUUUAAGUUUUUUGAUUAGCCAGAUUAGAUAGAUCCAGAAUUGACUGCUAUGGCAAGCCCAACCUCUUAAAAUAUACCACAGUUUAAUUAAUAUAAUAACUCAUAAUUAAAUCCAUAGAAUUUAAAUAAGCCAAUCGAACAGUUUAAUGAAAAUCAAUACUUCAAUUAGAACCCAUAAAAUUUGAAUGAUAUUAAUUAUGAUAAUUAUGAUGAAAAUAAGUUUUAUUUAAGCGAUUUAUAAAAUUAAAAAUAUGACUAAACAGUUUAGAGAAUAUAAAAUAAACUUAAUCAAAUGGGAAACCUAGAAGAGAGAUUAUAGAAUUUGAUUUAAAAAAAUUAUUAACUUUAAUAAAAUGACUGA